ACUAUUCCAAAUGUGCCGCGGCCCCUUUAAAAAAGAGCCGAGCAGGAUUUUUCCCCCCUAUCCCGAUGUCUAUAUUAGGUGGCGCAGAACUGCCCGUCGCUCCUGUCAUCGAGGCCCCUGGCCCAAUGGCAGGCUGAAUCCCCCCUCCUGCUCCGGCCUGCUCCGCCUCUUCUGCCCCUGGCGCCCCGCGCUACCUGCCGCCGCGCCACAUCCCGGGCAGAGAGGCGGGUGCGCGGGGCGAGCGGCGGGCACCAUGCGGGGAGGCCGUCCCCGGGGGUGGGCAGCGCCACUCUCUGCCGCCCACCUGGCGCUGUGAGCCCGGCGCCGCCACCAUGUUCCCCAGCCCCGCGCUCACGCCCACGCCCUUCUCGGUCAAAGACAUCCUGAACCUGGAGCAGCAGCGCAGCCUGGCCGCGGGGGACCUGUCGGCGCGCCUCGAGGCCACCCUGGCGCCCGCCUCCUGCAUGCUGGCCGCCUUCAAGCCCGAGGCCUACUCCGGGCCCGAGGCGGCAGCGCCCGGCCUGGCAGAGCUGCGCGCGGAGCUGGGCCCCGCGCCUUCGCCCCCCAAGUGCGCCCCUGCCUUCCCAGCCGCCCCCGCCUUUUACCCGCGCGCCUAUGGCGACCCCGACCCGGCCAAGGACCCUCGAGCGGAUAAGAAAGAGCUGUGCGCGCUGCAGAAGGCAGCGGAGCCGGAGCAGGCCGAGGCGGCGGGCGGCGGCGGCGCGGAGCGGGCCCGGGCCCGGCGGCGGCGGAAGCCCCGGGUGCUGUUCUCGCAGGCCCAGGUGUACGAGCUGGAGCGGCGCUUCAAGCAGCAGCGCUACCUGUCGGCGCCCGAGCGCGACCAGCUGGCCAGCGCGCUCAAGCUCACGUCCACGCAGGUCAAGAUCUGGUUCCAGAACCGGCGCUACAAGUGCAAGCGGCAACGGCAGGACCAGAGCCUGGAGCUGCUGGGGCCCCCGCCGCCCCCGCCGCCGCCGCCCGCCGCGCGCAGGAUCGCCGUGCCCGUGCUGGUGCGCGACGGCAAGCCCUGCCUCGGGGACUCGGCGGCGGCCUACGCGCCCGCGGCCUACGGCGUGGGCCUGGGCGCCUACGGGUACAACGCCUACCCCUACCCCGGCUACGGCGGCCCCGCCUACGGCUGCGCCGCCGCCUACCCCGCGCCGCCCCCCACGGCGCGCAGCCCGCGGCCCCCCCCCGCCGGCGGCGGCGGCUUCGUGAACUUCGGCGGCGGGGGCGGGGGCGGCGGCGUCGGGGGGGACUUGAACCCCGCCGCCGCCGCCGCAGCCGCCGCCGCCGCCGCCGCCGUGCAGAGCCCCGGGAUGCCUCAGGGCAGUCCGGGCGUGUCCGCGCUGCACGGCAUCCGGGCCUGGUAGGGAGACGGGGGCUCCCCCACCCCCCCACCCCAUCCGGGGCGCCCCGGACUGACCCCCCUUUCAAGGAGCGGGGCGAUGGCUCCGGGGACGGGAGGACCCCGCUGGGACCCCCCACCCCCACCCCAUCCGGGGCGCCCCGGACCGACUCCCCCCUUUCAAGGAGCGGGGCGAUGGCUCCGGGGACCGGGAGGACUCCCGCCGGGGCCUGUCCCCUCGGGUGUCGCACGCGCAUGCCCGCGGGGACCUCCUCCCCUCCGUCCCGGCCCAGACAGUGCCCCCCGGUGGCACGGGCACCCCCGAGGACUCCACGCUGGGUCCCCCGAGGCCGGACACGCGGACCUGAGACCCCGGAGCCUGGGCCGGGUGCCCGGGCCCCGGCCGCCUCGCCGCCUCCCCGCCCCCACCCCACCCCCGUAUUUAUGUUUUUACCUGUCGCUGUAAGAGCCGAGGAGCAGCUUCCCAUUAAAGUGAGUGC